AUGGGUUGGGCAUUGGACAGGUCACGAUGGACUACCCAUCCCUUCUACGCUCUAGUCAUCUUGACCAUUGCGUGUGGCAGUAUCCCAAAGGGCUACGACGAAGGUGGUUUCAGCGCCAGCGUCAAACUAGACUCCUUCGUAGCCGACUACAACCUUGGCCCAUCGCAUUGGAAGGAUGACCCGACUGGCUUGGCAGACCGCAAGGCCAAUAUCACCUCGUUCAAUGUGCUGGGUGCUGCCUUCGGUGCCCUGUUCACUUUGCAAUUGAAUGACCGUAUUGGUCGGUUGUACUCGUGGCGUGUCGCUGUCGUGGUGUGGGCUACGGGUUUAUUGGUCCAAGUUUUCUCGUCUGGGAUGUAUGGGAUGUUGCUGGUUGCGAGGAUAUGGAGUGGCUUGGGGACUGGUGCUUUGACUGUUAUUGCGCCGCUGUAUUUGUCUGAGAUAGCACCGGCACGGACUAGGGGAUUGGUUGUCAGUGUAUACAUGGUGAUAUUGCUGGCAGUCCUUGCCAUGGGCUUCUUCAUCAACUACGCCGCCAGGCUACACAUGCCUUCUACACGCACCCAAUACCGCCUCGUCCAAUCCAUCCCCUUAAUCCCAGUCGGCCUAGCCUUCCUCGCCUCAUUUCACAUCCCCGAAACCCCCCGAUACCUCCUCUCCAAGCAACUCCACGACGAAGCACGCAUAGCCCUCGCCCUGCUCCGCGGCAAACCCACCACCGACCCAGAAGUGGAAUUCGAAUUCACCUCCAUCAACCACCACCUGCGCGCCCAAUCCACCCCAGUCUCCCACUGGGCCGCCCUCAAAGAAACCCAAUCCAACCCCAACUACCGCCAGCGCUUCUGGCUCCUAAUGACCAUGCAGACCAUCGCCCAAUGGACAGGCGGAAACGGCAUCACAUACUACAUGGCCACUAUCUUCGAAUAUGCAGGCGUAGUCGGAACAGAGCAGGCCCUCAUAUCCUCCGGCGUCUACGGCAUCGUCAAGCUGGUCUUCACGAUGGCGUUCACAUGGGGUCUAAUAGACUACAUCGGGCGUCGACGCUGCGCCCUCACAGGCCUUACCCUCCAGCUCGCAGCACACAUCUACAUGGCCGCCUACAUGGGCCUCACCCCCUCAUCAACAACAACCCCCACCCUCACCCCAAAAACAAAUCAGCCUCCACAGCAGCAAUACUCUCCAUAUUCGUCUACGCAAUCGGAUGAGAUCUUCCCAACACGCAUCCGCAACAUCAGCUACGGGCUCAGCAUGUCGCUGCACUGGUUUUUCCAGUUCGCGGUUGUGCGCGUCACGCCGAGUAUGUUUGUUGAGUUGCGUGUGUGGGGCGCAUAUGUUUUUUGGGCCUGUGUUUGCUUUGUGGGGUUGCUUGUGCUGGGGGUGUGGAUGCCGGAGACGAGGGGCGUGCCGGUUGAGAGGAUGAGGGAGGUGUUUGAGGGAGUGUGGUAUAUGCGGUGGGCUGGGGGGUUAAAGCACUGUGAUCGGGGGGACGGGGAGGGGGUUGGGGAUGGUGAGGUUCGUUCUGAGAGGGAGGUGAUGGCGAAGUAG